UUCCGAGUGUGACCUACAUAAUGCCUCGCUACCCGCGGCCCCAGUAGUCUACGUGAUGGCUGCCAGGCGAUGCUCGCCGCCCUGCUCUCUCUUUAUUUUUGUUGUCUGACUCUCCCUGUGAGCGAGCGUGCAUGUCAGUGUGUAGCAAUCUGUGACCUCUGACCUCCAGGCAGUGUGCCCUCCUUACAUGACAUCCUUCUCACCAUCAGCAGCAGGAACAACGGCACUAGUCGUGAGACUGCCUAGCAACGUGUCUGAUAACUGGGAGACAGCGGCGUAGUUCGGUCUCCCUCGUCAUUAUCUUUUGUCAGACAAGCUCUCCCCCUCUCCUCCCUCCCCUCUCUCCCCCCCCCCACCGUCCCUCCCAGUCGAUGCAGUUCAGUGGUGAAAGAGUUUAGUUCAAACAGUCGCGGGGCCACUUGAUCUCCUUGCGUUGCCGGAAGCAGGUCGAUGGAGGCUGCACUUGGCCUGCAACUGCUCGGUGCACAGCAGCAGUGGGGAGGGGGAGGGGGAGGGGAGGGUGGCAGCGAUGAAACGUCGGCCUUGGCCUUCACGUCAGCGUCGACAAUGACGCGCGUCAACGUGCUGCGUCGCCUGCCAACAAGUGCUCGUCACUUCUCCUGCCGCGCGGCGAGUCGGCGCCGCAUGCCGCAACAAUAUUUACGGCAAGUCAUGAGAGGGGAAGGCAGCGAGUGUGCCCUCGCCACUUUGUUGUUCUCUCGGCUUUAUUCAUCCGCUCUCAUCCCGAGCGGUAAGUGAGAUGAGCAGUUGUUUCAGCAGCACACGUCUGCCGCCGGUUGUUAAUGACGCCCGAGCGCGUGCAUUGUACUGGAACUGCACGCCCCGCUGAGCCACUCCACGGCCGCUGCUGUUGAUGAGUGAGCGGGUGGGGGAAGGGCAGUCGGUUCACGUCGCGUGACGCAAAGUCACUCGAGCGAGACUGACGUGUAAGAGGUGUGGGUAGUGGCUAUGCUGUUUUUUUCUGCAACUGCACUGUGGGAAAGUGCGAGAACGUGCACGUGAAAACCGUGGGUGAAUGACGUCAUGGGAGGAGGCGAAGCAUGGGGAGAGCACUCUUAGUAGCAGGGAGCGCGCUCACAGGGAUGUAAUGAGUGGCUGGGAGGUGCUUGACCUGCUCGUUGGGAGGGACAGACACUGGAGUUGUAAAUAUUAAACAUUAUUUCCACGUUGAAGGUGUCAUGUCGCACAAUGUAACCCCCCGCCAGCCCAUUCCAUCCUCCCCCACCCCCUGUUACAAAUCAGCCGGAGCGGGUCUUGGGUCUAAUACUUUGCUUGACCCCAGGCUAUCACGUGACGAAGUCGGUGACGGGGGGGGGGGAGGGGAGGGGAGCCGCCCCAUGUUGGGAGUCUCACCAGAUGCACGAGAGAAGUGGUGCGGGGGGUCACCACAGCAUCCAGCGCGAGUUUGCCGACAGCGGGUUGGCGGGGCGCCAGCACACAGGCGCUGAACAUGAGGCUAUGUGCGCACGACCUGCACUCAGGCAGAGAGUGACGGGAAACCCAGGAGGGGAAAGGAGAGAUGAGGGAAGUUGGGGGACUACAGCCGACAUCCAGUGACACCACAGUGUCGUGUGGGCUCAGUGAGAAAGACGACCCCCCACCCCAUACACACACAUUUAAGACGUGUUGAACCCCCGUCAGAGUUUUGGAAGAAAAGAUAGUGAACUGGAUGAGAUGCGUACCCACCCCAACACACUUUCACCAGGGACGUGUGGAGGUCUGUCGUCUGCUGUCUGUCUGCCGAGACCAACGCUUAGCCUCUUGCCACGUUCUCCGCUGUAAGUCUCGGCGAGCCGUAACAACGAAUAUGACUAAACCGGAAGCUUUGUAUACAUCUGCCUCGUUUUGGUAGCUAACUGGAAAAAAUCGUGUGCAGGCAGUCCGGUAAUUCAAGUUCGCGGUUUCACAAAAGGAAGAAAAAAGAAACUGUCGGCGUGCCACGUGGUUUUAACACCCCACUAGCACCCCACCAACACCCCACCAACACCCCACCAACACCUCACUAGCACCCCACCAACACCCCACUAACACCCCACCAACACCCCACCAACAGCUCGCUAACAUCUUACCAACAUCUCACCAAGUUAUGUAACUGUUUUAUCUGGCGUCACAGUCACAGUAAUAAAAGUUGCCAAAGUAACGGGUACAUGACAGGGUGCAGUGUUCAGAGUUAAUACAUGGCAGUGAUGAGUGACAUUUAACACAGGUAAUUAACACCUGGCUGUGACCACACGUCGCAGGAAUAAUUAAUUAUCUGACAGACCGCACGAGGCUCAAGAAACCUCAGAUUUACCAGCCGCUUGGGGGAAGUAGGUCACGUGUCUUACUUCCACCAAUCAGGUUGCUGUGGUGCUGCCGUACAGUCGCCAUAGUGACAGUGGUGUAGUGAGUGACGUGUUGUCAUGUGACCAGCUUAGCACACCUACCCUCAUCGCUUUUUUCUCCCCAUACUCCUCAACAUUAAAGCCCCGCUAAAUUCGUAACCUAACCCCACAACCGCGCGCACACACGCACAAACUUCCCGGAACAAAAUAAAAAGAGAAAGCAUGUUUACCAAAGAAAAAAAAAAUAAAAAGAUAAAUAAAAGAAAAACAACCCCGUACGAGCAAUGUUGGCACCGAACCCGCUCCCUUCAGCCUCUGCGCUGUGGCACAUUCCAUCAAAGCAUCAGCUAAGCUGUUUGCUCGUCAAUACACAAACACAUCGCAGUGCAGUGCGCAUGCGUCGCAGAAAGUGAUACUGGUAGGGGUGGGGGGGAAUAGUCGGAUGAGGGUGGGGGAUAGUCGGCAGGGUGAGCAGUCCUCACUGUAAAGGUCUGUCAGCAGGUAGCCGCCACGCUCCGUGCGCCUGUCGAGUGGCAGGAGUGGUGGCAGUGGCUGGAGGGGGUUAGAGGUGAAAGUUCGUGGCCAUAGAGGCUCCGCACUUCGCACCGGCUGAACCCGAGCGCGGCGUCAACGCGGAUGUGCGCGCACGGGAGGGCAGACAACUCACGGCGACGACCCCGGAAGGGGGUGAGAGGGCGAGAGGUGCCGGUGCCGUUCCCUGGCAGACUGUGAGUGCCAGCCCCGGGGUCACGCGAGGUCAGUGGAGAACUGCGCACCGAGUGCCGGGAGCGCUUCCGUGUCGUACAUGCGAUGGAUCACCUGCACACCACACAACUUGCACCCGGUGCACCCGACUAGCGGACUCUCAGCGCCAUCAGAUAUCACAAGACAGUGGCGGGUAUCCGGGUUUGUGGGUGGAUAUCCGAGCCGCUUCGCUCUUUGAAAGCUGAACAGCGGGAUCGGCGUCGCGACCUAAUGAUCGUGACCUUCGACCUCUCGUGGGAACGGACACAGAGGAGGGCAGAGGUGAGGUGGGAGGGGGAGGUGUGCGCAAGGUCGGGGCUUGUGGCCGCUUCAUGGUUUGGGGUCCGGCACCUUCCUCCGACACGAAUUUCUCUCUCGUUUGUGUUAAUGAUGGACGAGAUUAGCUCAGACUUGUUAGUUAUUCCAACGGGCAGUUAGUGUGACGUGUUAUGGGGGACUCCUGUCAGGACUGGGCUAACCCUACACGUGAUACAAUAACAGCUAAAUCAUAUCUCGUGAUAUAAUGAUGGCUAACCCUACACGUGAUAUGAUACACGUAACAACUAACCCUACACGUGAUACAAUAACAGCUAAAUCAUAUCACGUGAUAUAAUCACAACUAAAUCAUAUCACGUGAUAUAAUCACAACUAAAUCAUAUCACGUGAUAUAAUCACAACUAAAUCAUAUCACGUGAUAUAAUGAUGGCUAAGAAUGAGAUGCGUUGUUAUUUAUUCAGUUAGUAACAGCUGUAGAUGGAGGUAUUGAUGUACCGUGUGAAGGGGGAUGAGACAAUCUGAGGUCAGAGUUCAGCUCGUCAGUACACCGUUGACCCUUCAUCCCAACUAUUAACUUGUUGAGAAUAAAUUUAACAAAUAGAGACUUUUGAAGGGUGGAAAAACUUCGUGCGCAGGUUAACAUGGAUGUGUGAAGAGAUGAGUCUGUGACCUCGGCGCUAGUGACUGUUUACCGUUGUUGUAAAGACUAACGGGAGGAAACAGGUCGGCGAUGACACCUGUAUCUGUGCACACCCGGGGUUGCUGCCUGCAGGUUCAGUGGCGACUGCAGUCUUCCUAUCUUUCACCUGGCGGGCUGAGAGAGAGAGAGUGAAGGACAGACAGGAGGCAGCAACUGCAACUGCUCGGAGUACGAUGAGUGCUAGUCACGUGACACGUGUAGUGGCUUGUCGCAGAUUCCUCCAUGGACUCCUCCACACGUCGACGACACAUGUCUGAUGUGACGACUCUCACCUCCCUGACCUCGCUGGGUGCACCACACAGGCUCGGCCUGGAGGACGGGCACAUAACUCCAGCAAUAAAGCAAGAGUUACGUCUCUCCAUCAUGGCCAAGCGCCAUGCGCGCGGAGAAGGGGAGAUCAGCGCUGACGUUCGCCACCCGGUGGCGCUGGAGCUGACCCCGGCUGAACUAGAGAAGAAAGAAAGGAGACGUGAGCAGAAUCGGCGGGCGGCCCAGAGAUGUCGGCGUAAAAAGCGCAUGAGUCAGAUGAAUAUAUUACAGAACUACGAGAGUAUCGUCGUCCGCAACCAGCAGCUGCAGGAGGAGGUGAGGCGGCUGCGACAGGACCAGGCUGACCUGCAGGCGACGUUGAAGGCCCACCUGAGCACGUGCACGUGCGCCGUGUCGUCUGCGGCGGGGCGUGUGCCGCGCAUCAAGCUGGAACCACGGGAAGGGUCACCAGACCUUGCCGAGGGCUCCCCAAAUCCCCCAAGUUCUUCUCUGUCAGGGCCGGCCACUCCCUUUGCCAGAGGUCAGCACGGCGCCAUUGCUAGUCGCUUGCAGGCCUGUGAUGUCACCCGACGUAACUACGACCACGCACACGCACGGACUGGCCAGCAGAUGUGGUCAGGGAGCGAAACCAAACACUCCCACAGUUACCAGCAGCAGCAGCAGCAGCAGCAGUAUCGGGAGGACACGUGCUCGAACUUUCUGCAAGUGCAGGACAACAACAACAACAACCUGCUGCCCGCACAGCGCCCCCAUCUGGCAGACCUCUACCUUGGGGAGGACAGUGGUCACGGCAGCCAGCACGCCAGUCCCGCCACUGCUGUGUCCCCCGGCCUGCCAGACUCCGCCGGCUUCUUCAGCACAGACGUCACUAGCGCCUCCCGCGUGCUGGCUGCACAUCCUCCUGACGUCACUCGCACCCGACGCAGCUUGCUUCUGGAGCUGACCUUCCCCGGGGCAGGGCUACCGGAAACUGGGGUCAUCACCUCGCCAAGUUCUGACGGCCGAGGCAGCCUGUCCUCGGACUCUGACGUCAGCAUGGGCUCCGUACACACUCCUGACGUCAGCCCGGGGGUUGGAAGAGGGGAGGUGGCAGCAGCAGAGGGGGGAAUGGAGGAGGACCUACUUUCUCAGCUGACCACUUCCGAGUUAUUGCUCCUGGAGGAUGUCUUCACUCAGGCUGGGGGCGACGGCCAAGAUGGCUUUCUACAGAACCUCGUGCCGGACACCUGAUAGUCCUGUCCUAGGCGCGUGCUCGCUGGAACAUAAGGCGAGGGGUGGGUGGGGAUAACAAUGACAAUUGUAGUAAAACAUCUUUCUGUAUCUAUACCAUCCUUCCAUCUUCCCCCCCCCCCCUAAGGUGUCAGACCUACUGUGAGAAAGUCUUACGAGUCCAAGGAAGCAGCAAGUCACGUGGAGGUGCUAGUCGUCCGGCAGCCAGUCUACGAUGUCUGCACCUCCGUGUCAUAGACUGUUAUUUCGAUUUAUCAUCUGACUGAGGGCUGGUUGUCCACCUGACUCUCAGCAUAUUUCAUGGAUUUUCAGGUGCUGCUACAUGUGAACAGUUGGGGUGCGAGCCGGCACUAACUCCCGUGUUCCUGUGACUCAAACGUUCUGAGUUCGACUCCCGAAUGUCGGCAGGUGUUUGCGCUCGCCGACAAAGUGGUUUUCACUUGCGUGCGUCAAACUGAAUGAAUGACAGGGGCACCUACUUCGUGUGUGACAAUUGAAAAAGAAAAAAGAUUACGAACAAGGGGAAAUGACACCUCCGGGCCAUCUGUCAGCGUGAACAAGGUGCGAAAUACAGGUGAGAACGGCUCUAGACAGGUGAGCUGCUCGCAGGGACAAGAUAUGAGACAGUGAUGAGAGUGUCUAGCCAAUCAGUCAUCUGUCAUCGUCUUUUUUACAUCACUUACGCAACUCAUUUGGCACGGAACUAGAGUACACAGCGCCACCUGCAAUAAGGAAGACGAAGCAGCGGGAGAAAGGGAGGGAGUGGUGUAGGGGAGGCGGGGGACAAACACCUGUAACACCUGGUCGACAAGUUGUAGCGAGACCAACAGCCAGGUGUAUCAGGUGUGCAUGUAAGCUGUGAUAAGACACGGACGAAUGGCCAGGUAGGCUAGAGGUGUCUUUGUCGGACAGAUUUAUAUUUUUUUACCUGGUAAACACCUGGUAUUUCAGGUGCAUCGUGACGGGGACAGUCGAGCAAGGUCAAGGCUGUUGUGAGAGGGUGGGGUGGGGUUAGGACUCCAGGUGAGCAACGAGUCUGGUCAGAUACACUGGGUACAUGCUGCCAUGGGUGGUCAGAGAGUCUCGAUCUUGUCUCGCCAACGUCCACCACAAAUGUUGGGUGGCAGCGAGGUGAAGGGGUAUGUCACCCGUAGCUGAGAGGAACAACUUUGGGUGAAAUCCGUUGUCAUUAACGAGGGCGGAGGAGCAAGUUGAGAGGGUAGCUUUACACGACAUGCACCGUCAGGUGUACUUUAUACGGGUGCGCAUGGUCCGAUUUACUUGUAUACGGGUUAGGUCAACUGUUCUGUGUACGGGUGUGUGUGGUCAGUUGACCUCUGACACGGUGUUGGCAAGUGUGUAGGACACAAGCAUGGCGUGCAAAGAGCAGUUGGCACCGUGACGGUGAGUAGACACCAGUGGCAGCCAUGACAGUGACAGAGGUCAGUGACCCGCUGACCUCGGACAGCAGUGCGCAGACGACAAAUGCGAUGGAGAGCAAAGAGACAUGUAGGGCCUGAGGUGUGGUUUGAUGUGAGGUUUGAAUUCCACGGAAGCAUCGCGAAACAGUGAGCACGUCACAUCGACUACAGAUGUGUCCAUCGACUCGUGUGUCGCCACCAGAGGGCGUGAAUGGAGCAGAAGGUAGACAAUCAACUCGGGUGAGCAUCGCGAGGAAGGUGUGCAUUCAACAGACAAAGAAGCAUUGGACAACAAAAGCUAGAUGGAGAGAAGAGUGGAGGGUGUACGAACAGCAAGAGGACUGAACUUUGAUCUCUGUGGUCGGACAUGUCUUGUGCAGACUGGGUUCUGCUGUUUGUGGGAAACGUCACCUUGCCGAUGAUCUGUCUCCUUGGUGCUGGUGACAAACAUCAAUGAUGUGAGGAAAGAUCUGACACGGGUAUCUGUGAGAGCGGGUGUCGGCUGAGAUCUUUAUGUGGGCAGUGUACCCCAGAGGACUGUCACAGUCUGUCGUACGUCACACCCAUCACCGAGGUUCGAUGGGAUCACAGAUGUGACGAAUGGGCUCAAAUCUGUCAUCCACAAUGUGGACUGUCUUCACAAACGAAUUUCCGUCGGGACGUCGGGAAGGAUUAUAAAGACUUUGACUGAAAGCUGCUUCUAUCACAGCAUGGUGACGUCAUGACGACAAGCAGACGACAGCGAAUGUGCGUGUCCUCACCUCCAUCUUGUCUUGUUUGACUGUCGGACAUCUUGCCAGGAGUCUUCUCAAGGUGCGAGACACGUGAUGUUUCCACUUUACAGCUCAGCUCAACAGUUAGCGACGUCACGACGUUGAGAAGUCAGUCACAGGACAUGACGUCACUGUGAUGGCAGCAGCUACACCAGCGUGCCUUGACGUCACAGCACACACGUGUCUGCCAUGUGCCUCAGUUCAUCAUUCCACAAUGUGCAUGUCACAUAAUGAUUGAAGUAGGCGUUGUGAGGACUAUUAACACACACAGACAGACACACACAGAUACACACACUCUCAGAGACUAACACACAGACACACACACAGACAAACAGAGAGACACACACAGAGACAGACUCAGACACAGAGACACACACACAGAG